GCGUUUCAUGCAGCAUUUAGGACCUGCGUCGUUAGCAUAUGCUAACUAUAGUGUUAUCCUCUAGCUGUUCAUUUUAGCUCACUUUUUGUUUUGUACCUUUGCACCGAAUUUAGGAAAAAAUAUACCGAGCAUAACAUUUUAAUGAAAUUAUAUAUGUGUAAGAUAUUUAUAUUCGUUUGGAGAGUUUAUCCAAACUCUCGAAGCUGUCUAUAUGAAGCUAGUCAGCGUCGUUUAACGCGCUAGUUUAGGUUUUCCCCCUUAUAUAUUACGACGUUUUCCAGUCUGUUUUAGCAACUAAAUCUUUCCUAAAUAUGUUUUAGCGUAGGGUUUAGGUAUUAAAAUGUAGUUAUUAAGACAAGAAUAUAGGUACAGUUGGAUACAGUUCUUAUAUAAGACUACAAGCUCCUGGUUGGAGUGUGUGUACUGAUGCAAGGAGAAUGUGUUGUUGACCAUGGAUAGAGAUUUACUCAGGCAGUCUGUGGCAUUUCAUGGACAGAGUCUGUUUUCUCUGUUAAAAUGUGAACAGAGCGAAAAUCCAGACUUUAAACAUCUCACAGCCGAUCUCACCAAAUCUGUGAACCAGAGGGAUAAAGAAGAUGACAGUCCUGUUGUGGAACAGUUUAUUGCGAGGAAAGCAGACCUUCUGUUUGCACCAGCAUGGAAAUCAACCACACCUGGAGAAGAGGAGUGGCAGGAAGAGACGCUAGAGCCGUACGCAGUCAUGCCUCCGUUGGAGCAGUUCAUGGAUGUUUCUUAUAAUGAGAGGAGAGAACUUUUCUACAGAGAUGUGGAGCGAGGCGAUGUAAUCAUUGGCAGGAUUACAUCAAUCCGAGAUUUUGGGUUCUUUGUUAGUGUUCUCUGCACCGCUGGAGGAAUAGAGCGAGACGUUGAAGAUCUGGAGAUCACGGGUCUGUGUCCAAUCAGAGAUGUCCCAUCAACCAGAAAUCAUGAUGAUCCUUUGUCUUAUUUCCAGAUUGGGGAUUUGAUUAGAGCUGGUGUGAAGGACAUCGACCGCUAUAACGAGAAGCUGACGAUCUCACUUCAUCCCACCUCCCUGGCCUUGAACAUGGAGCAAACCAAAUUGGGUGUAAUAAGCAAAGAAGAUUUACCUCUUCACUACAUUCGUGGGGGACAAGUGACCGCAGACAGCAGAGAAUCAUAUGAGAUGCUACUCCAGAGUUCACUUGGCUUCUCUAACCCAGCCAACGUGGAAUAUUUACUUGGCAAACUGGGAAUCAGUGACACACAAUCUCACUCCCUUAUGAGAGGAUUACAGAGUAAACAUUUCAUGGAAGAUGAUUUUGCAAGUGCAAUUCGAAAGAAGCAGUCUGCCUCCUGGGCACUGAAAUGUGUGAAAGCAGGUGUGAAUCAUUUCAAAUCAGGCCACCAUGUUGAAGCUAUGAAUGAGUACAACAAGGCUUUAGAUAUCGACACCAAUAACGUUGAGGCACUUGUAGCUCGCGGUGCUCUAUAUGCCACUAAAGGCAGCUUGAUGAAAGCUAUCAGUGACUUUGAGCUAGCAUUGGAAAGCUGCCCAACACACAGGAAUGCUAAGAAAUAUUUGUGCCAAACUCUGGUGGAACGAGGUGGCCAGCUGGAGGAAGAGGAGAAGCUAAUUACAGCAGAAGGGCUUUAUAAGAAAGCAAUAGCUUUAGACGACACAUUUCAUGAAGCAAAAGAAGCGCUGAGGAAGCUGCAGCUGCACAUCCAGAAAACUCUGAAACUGAAAGCUGAGGAGGCUGCAAAGGAGAAGGAAAAGCAGCCAACUGCGGAGACGAGUGCAGAAAAAUUACGUAAGAUCUUAAAAGAAGAAAAAAGGAUGAAAAAGAAAAGGAAGAGGAAUGAUUCCACGUCAGAGAUGUCCUCAAGCUCUGAUUCCUCCAGUGACCACUUGUCCAGUCGCAAAAAAAACAAAAAACGAAAGCACAAACGCAGACGCUCCUCACACAGUAGUAAAAAACACAAGCAAAGGAUUUCAUCACUUGAUGAGGAUGAGGAACACUACCCUGUUCCUGCUAACACCUCAGCAUCCUUCAUCAAUGAGAAGCAAACCCUCGUUAAACUUCUCGAUGGAGAGAACAGAGCAGAAAACCGAAGACUCUCUAAUGAGAAAAGCAGAGAAGGUAGGUUUGAAGAUGACUCCUUCACUCUGAGUCCUGAGACUGAGGACAGGAAGGUCAAAAGUCAACAGGAGUGUCUCGGCGGGUUAAAUGGCCGGGAUAAAGAUGCGCACAGAGAUCGCAGAAGAUCUGAAGAUGAACACAUUACUCAGGUGGAGAGUUGUAGAUAUUCACGCAGCACUUCCUGUAGGAAGGAUUCAUCCUCCUCUGCCUAUUCUGAAACCUCACGUAAGUCUGACUUGCGUGAUUUCGACUCACGCAAAUCAAGCUCUCGCACAUCUGAAUCACGUGAUUCUCACUCAUCCGACUUUCACAGAUCAGACUCUUAUAAAUCGGGAAGCCAUGGAAGUUCAGAGGUGAAGGAAAGGAAUGAUGGGAACGAUCGUAAAUUAAGCAGCAGAGAUGUGAGAAAAGACUCGGAGGAAAACCAGAAGAAAAAAUUACCCACCAAUUUAUUGGAUAUCUUUAAUCAGAUCGCUGAAUUUGAGAAAGAAAAAAAACAGAAGAAAUGAGUGAAAUGUUAUUUUGUGUUGCCAACGUUUCUCUCCUUUAAGGAAAGAACAAAGAUGGAGUGAUAAAGAUGAAAUAACCCAGACCUGCCAGCCUUUAUACAUUUUGCAGAGGAGCUUACUUUGAAUAUGAAUAUGCUGAGUGCUUGAGUAAUAGACUAGCUAUGACUGAAAAAUACACCGAAAUAUAUUCUUCUUCAUCCCCAGCAAUUUCCACUGCAGAUAAACUGGGAAAAUGUUUGCCUUAUGCUUUCAACUGAUGAACAUUAGAAAAGCAAUCUGUAAAUGUACGAUUUCUAAAAGCAUUAUUCCUCUACAAGGAUGGCAAGUCUGGAUACACUGAUAAUGCCUUGUAAUAACCAAACCUGAUGUGUUAAUGUAGCAGUUAUUACACUUCUGUUUUUUUUCUGUUGUUUGUUUGGUUUCUGAAAUGACAAAAAAAGUAAUUAAAAACUUAAUCUAAAAGAGCUUAUUUUUAAAACUACAGUCGGUACAUUUCUGGAUACAGAGUCACGUUUUCUCUAUAGAAGGUAAUAAAUUGUGCAGAAUGUAAUCAGGUAUGGAAAUGUACUGAUUGUAGUUUAGCCAAUAAUGAGAAAUGCGUCUGCCCAUUUUUAGUGACUUCACUUUGAUGCCUUUUGUUUCUCCGUCAGUCUGAUUAAUGUUUAGGAAUGUGUGCAACAUGUAAGCCGUAUAUAUCCGAGCAUCUCCUAAUAAACUGACGGUUAAAACUAA